AUGGAUUACAAGCCACGAUUCUACCAACCCUUUUCCCUGGAAGAGGCAGUGCGAAUGGACGUUUCAGUCCUCACAGAAGAAAUAUCUCGCCUGCAGAAUUCUAUCGAGCAUCUGAAGACGACACAGGAAGAGCUGAAAGAAGCUAUGUCGUCUACGCCAGAUCCGGAGUUCACUAAAGCCGUGGAAGAGAACGAAGUUGUCAUCGGCUCGCAAGAAGAGAGAAUCAGUAUCCUGAGGGUGGCUUUAACCGAGAAGGGUGUAUUGUCUAGCAGUCAUUACAACCCUGUCGUCACUACUGGCCACGCCGUGAAUGGCCAUACUUCACAGCAAACCGGACCAGAUCAUACAAACAAUACCGCUCAGGCUGCAGCAAGCUUGUCUUCUCAAACAGAUCCCCAUUCUGAUGAUGGCGGUGGGAUUCAUCUGUAG